AUGUUUUCUUCAGUAGUCAAUUCUGGGGCCAAGGAAUUAUGGUCUGGAGUUGUAGCUUCUUCGAAACUUCUUUUUAAUGGUGUGGCUAUACAAAGGAGGUAUGCGAAAAAGAAUGAUGGUUGUAGAAGAGCUCAUGCCGAUAUACCAGAGGAACCCUAUCCAUGUGAACGUAGAAAGAAAAAGAAGCCAGGAAUUUUGCAUAGAAUUAAGUUGAAAAUUGUCGAGGGUGGCACUAACUUUGGCACUCCAUUUCGUAACAUUAAAUGCGAAGAGAAAGUGUGCAAGGAGGUGGUCGUACCAGAACCCAAGGCGCUACCUGCGCCUGUCAAACCGAUCCCACCGAUGCCACCACCUCGGCCUAGCGUCCAGGUAUCGAUUCUUGGGGCGGAUACGUCUCUAGGACAUUAUAUUGCACUGUUGCUUAAGCAGUGCUCGUGUAUAAAGAAAUUGCGUUUAUACGAAGCAAAUGAACCGAACGAAUCAUGCAACCGCAAUAUUUUUCAAGUGGUAGAGGAUCUGAGGCAUAUCAAUACGAAUUGCUUUGUCGAAGCUUUUAGCUGCACUUGCAAUGAACUAGAGAGAUGUCUACAGAAUUCCGAUAUUGUCCUCAUGUUGGAAAACGGUUACCUAAGCCAAGAUAUGCCUAUGGAAACAAGAUUUGCGUACAGUGCUCCUCUUGUCAAACGUUACACUGACGUUAUUGCAAAUGAAUGUCCUAAAGCAUUUAUAAUUGUGUGUGCUACGCCUGUUGAUUGCAUGGUACCAUUAGUUUCCGAGACAUUAAAAGAAACGGGGUGGUAUGAUCCAAGGAAAGUGUUGGGUUCUGUGGCCGUACCGGAAAUGCGUGCGACCACGCUCGCCGCCCGCGCCUUAAGCCUAGAACCAAGUUACGUGAGAGUGCCUUGCGUCGGCGGAACCGAAGGAAAUGCCUUAGUGCCUUUGUUUUCUAAAGCAGUGCAAUAUUUUAACUUUAGUGAGAGCAAUACAUUGAUGAUGACCAAAACAGUACGUGAAGCGCCUAGUGCAAUUGCUCGUUCUGAUGGAGAAUGUAAAAAAGCCGCCGAAUUGAGUGAAGCCCAUGCUUUAGCUAAUCUAGUUACUAAAGUAGCAUGGGCAUUACUAUGUAAAGACGUACCAAGGGUCAGUGGUUUCGUCGAAACAGAUGCUAGACAAGUUAUUUCCCCGGCAAGAUACCUAUCGAUUGAUGUACAUCUCAAUCAAGAGGGUAUCAGCGAUAAAUUCGAUAUUCCUGGCAAGAUGAGUGAUGCGGAAGUGGAGCUAUUAGAUGAGGGAUUCACUGUAUUGACGGAACAUGUUAAAUACGCAUUGGAUUGGUAUGCACACGAUCGUGAUAUGAAGCUUAUUAGUGGAGAAGUGCUUGCAAAGAAAGACUUCCAUUAUGCCAAGAAAUUCACCCACGUAGAAGAUUGUCUGUGCCAGGUAGCAUCUUAA